CCUACUCUUUGGUGCCGUCUUCAGAGAUUAACCAAUCAUAAGGGUGCAUGUCAGUCCUUUUCUUCAUCAAUGCGAUGAACAAUAGGUGAGGAUAUCCCAACCCGUGAUUACGUGAUGGUUGCUUUCAACGCCUUAUUCGUAACUGACAGGGACCAGUGAUUCAACAUUGACAAUAAGGCUGCAGUAUAUCUGGGAAUAUGGCUUGGAGAAACCUACCAGUCUUGAAAGGCAGUGAUAUUCUUGCGCGAUUGUUUGAAAAUGAUCCAAUUGGCAAUUUCGACUCUAACCGCGUAUCUAUGUGGUCAGGGAAAUUUGCCUAGCUGCUCUGAUCAAUUCUCGAAAGGAACUCCAAGUUUGUAAAGAACCUAUCAAGUGAACAUGAUCUAACUGGUGAUUUCGACGUAACUUUUAAAUGUCUGGUCAAGGAAAUUAGCAAAGUUACUCUGAACAACUUCCACGAUGAACUCCACAUCUGUACAUGGUCUAAGUCAGCAGGAGGACUUUUCCUUCAUAAAAUCUAUCUUACUCGCCCUAACGAAGUACCUUUGGACUAUCCCGGUUGUCCUGGGUGUUCCCGGGAACAUCCUGACGAUCUUGGUGGCAAGACAAAAGCACAAUCGUAAGAUGUCUCCCUGUGUCUACAUGACUGCGAUGGCAGUGUCAGACACGGCUUUCUUACUUGAUGUUACUUGGUACUACUCCCUUUUUUACCAAGGACACCUUGAUGCUAUCACAGAUGUUAAAGCAAGGAAAUUAAUCAUAGAGUUUCAUAUAUUCAUCAUGUUUACCUUGGCCAAAAUAUCAGGCCUGUACUUGGCCGCGAUGUCCGUAGACCGGCUCAUUGCCGUGAGAUUUCCCAUGGCCGCAAUUAGACUCUGCACCACCAAGAGGGCAAAGGUCACGGUACUCCUGAUUACCAUUCCCAUCGUCUUGAUCAAUAUUCACAUCUUCUUCGUUUUUAAAUAUGUGGAGGACCUCAAUUCAGGAGUGCGCAUAAUUUUGUACGACGACUCUGUAUCAGGAGCAGUUGAAAAGGUCUUCUCGACGUAUAUGGUCAUCGUUGGAACAGGCUUACCAUUUUCUAUCAUACUCGGGGCGAACCUUCUUAUAAUAAUAACCGUGAAGAGAGCGUCGUUUGAAAGAGCUAAGCUCAACUCAAACACGUCAAGGGCAGAAAAAGAAGAAAGAAACCAACAACACCUUACAAUUUUGUUACUUUUCAUCAGCUUUGCCUACGUCGUCACUACACUUCCGUAUCGUCUGUAUGAUCCUAUAUUAAAAUUACCACAAAUCAAAGCGAUAUAUGACAUGACUCAGCAAUAUUGGAAACUUCGUUACACCCUCGGAAUCUUCUUCACAGCAAACCUUUGGUUUUAUAAUUACGCAGUGAAUUUUUACCUCUACUGCAUUGGAGGGGGAAAACGGUACAGAGAUGAUACAAAGGCUGUGAUUGGUCAGCUAUUUCCAUGUUGCAAAUGAAGAUUUUUAGCCCAAAAUGCAAUAUCCUUUUCCGUUUUCUUGUUGCACAAGGAUCUAAGUCUAUAUGACCUAUCCGACAGACAGGUCAACCAAUAUCAGACAACCUUUCAAAGAAAUAUAAAACCACAAACUUGAUAGUAAGUCUCGAUCGUGGUACCUUUGGACUAUUCAAGUCGCCUGGGUGUUCCUGGUAACAUCUUCACGAUCUUAGUGGCAAGACAUAACUUGUAGUCGGAGACCAGUUGCUCCAACAGUAAUGUUGAUGAAAAUGUCAAGCCUUGCAACCUUUAUUCUUUCAGCAACUCGGACUGAGAGUAGUAUGGCGCUGCUAACCGGUCAAACUGUAUAUUCAAUCGCGGUUCCCAGUAGGACUGCUGCUAAUCCUGUCUAUUGUGUCUUCUGGCAGGGACAACCGAAAUAGGCUACAGACAGGCUACAGGCUUCAGACAGACACGAAAUGCCACUAUGGCUGCAGCUAGCCAGACGACAGGACUUGACAAGUAUGAAAACGUUUUCAAUGGUCAUGAAAAUGUCAAGCCAAUAAACCUCCAGCCAAAUAUAUUGUGUGGCAAAUAUCAUUGAAUGGUUAAAGGCGUAACAGCAGACAAUUAAUGGCAGACAGGCAAAACCAUUUACAGACAGGGGAGUCCUAGCAGUACAUGUAGUGCAUUGCAUUAGUACUACUGGUACAGGUGACCUCCUAUAGGGCAGUACCCAUUCAC